AUGAAGAUUUUUAUGAUGCAACCCCCGGGUUUUGAAGAUAAAGGUAACCCUGCUGCAGUUUGCAAACUCCGGAAAGCUGUCUAUGGUUUAAAACAAGCUCUGAGAGCUUGGAACUCUUAUGCUGAUGCAAGCCUCUUUAUCUACAACAAAAAAAUGGUGUCUUCUUAUCUAGGAACAUUAUCAUACUUCCUUGGUAUUGAAGCUACUCAUUCUCCAAAGGGUUUAUUAUUAACACAAAAGCGUUACAUUGCAGAUUUGCUUCACAGGACAAACAUGAAGAACGCUAAAUCAGUCGCAACUCCCAUGUGCACACCCGAUCAGCUCACACUCAACUCUGGCCAUAAAAUUGAUGAUCCAAAACAGUUUCGUGCAGUUGUUGGGAGCCUCAAGUACAUGUCUUUAACAAGACCAGGCAUCUCUUUCGCAGUCAACAAAAUGUCUCAAUAUAUGCAUCAACCUACCGAUGAACAUUGGGCUGCUGUCAAACGAAUCUUAAGAUACCUUUCUGGAACCAUGGUGCACGGUAUCUUCCUUCCUCGCCACAACACUCCAACUCUCCAUGCUUUUAUCGACGCUGACUGGGAUGGCAACAAAGAUGAUUACACCUCUACUGGCGCUGACAUUGUAUAUUAUGGGAGCCACCCCAUUGCAUGGUAG